AAAACAACAACCCUUCUUUCGACUGCAGUGACAGUCAAUGAUGUGUUCACAUAGAGCUCUUAUUGGAUUACUCUUUACAUGAGAUAUGGCAUUUGCAGCAGCUGCUGGAGUUGCCUUUAGUGAUGUUAGUCUCAUGAAGCCAAACAUAAAGAAGAAUGAAAGAGCUUCUGCAUCAUUCCCAGGUAUCAGGCCAGAUCUGAGUGCUGCUGAGAAUGUUGUUAAAAUAUUCAAACAAUUUGGGAAGGACUGUUACCAGCGGUUCAACUUCAAAAUACCAGCCACUGAAAGCAUACAGCAAAAAGACAACUCACUUGAUGAGUCAAGGGACAUUAUCAGAAACCUAGCAUCUGAACUGGACAGAGUGGUACAGUCAAAGAUGUUCUACUUGAUGACUCAAAAGUUUAAAAAUAAAGGAACUAAAAAAGAAGAGCCGGAUGAACAGCAAUAUUAUAUUCUGCAAUGGGCUGAAGAUCUCGAGAACACACAGACAAAACAACUGGACAAGCAAGAGAUACAACAUACCUGUUCAGAGCAGUUGUCGAACAGUGAAAUUAAAUUUAACAAAGCAAAAAAAAUCUUGUCUGACUGGUCUUGGGAACUGAAAGACAUGGAACAGAACUCAAUAUUUCCAAAGAGGGAAUGUGAAGAAACACUGAGGGAUCUCCACAAAGAAUGGAAACAGGGAGAGUCCAGCAUACUCCCAGUAAUGGACUGGAUAAUAUGGACUGUACUACAGUCAGGAAGCUCUGAGGAUUCAAACCACAGACAGUGGGUGAAGAGAAAACAGAGCAAAACGCAAAACGCCAAAAAUGCAGUUGGAUUAUGCAUUCCUAACCCAGUUUGGAACUGGAUUACAAAAUCAACAGCUGUUGUAAUUCUGGAUCCAAACACAGCCAACCCAGAUCUCCUAGUCUCUAAAGAUGGAAAAUCUUUGAGGGCAAAAGAAUAUGGUCUCAACAACUGGAAAGAGUUCCAACGGAAGCGUUCUAAAUUUGAUGCCUGGACUUGUGUCCAAGCUAAAGAGGGUUAUAAUACAGGUAGGCAUUACUGGGAGGUAAAUGUGAAGAAGAAACAUGAGUGGCGGGUGGGAGUUGUGAAGGAAUCAGCUCCUCGUAGUGGCUAUGUGACCAUGAACACAAAAACAGGGUACUGGAAUCUGCAUCUGCGGGUGGGUACUUUGAUGGCUUUGACUGAACCAGUCAUCAAACUCAACCUACCAACUCCCUCUAAGAUAGGAGUUUAUCUGGACAUAGAGGAGGGCCACGUCUCCUUCUAUGAUGCUGAGAAAAGAAGACAUAUUUACACAUUUAACACAGACUUUAGUGAGACAGAAAACAUUUACCCAAUGUUUGGCACCAUUGAGACAGACAGAGCAUUGGUGAUUUCAUCAUAAAAUGUACUUCAUGUAGUUUAAAGGUGGGGUGUGUGAUUUUCUUUUUUGACCAUUUUUUUCAAAAUCACUUGAAAUCCUAUUCCUAACCUACUUACA